AUCAGCUGCAAACAUCAGCGGCGUGGGUGGUAGUGAAGUUGCUUCCUCUUUCUCGUUACCGGAUUUUAGUUCUGACCCGCGUAUGCACUUUGUGCAAGAGACGGAAAAGUGGACAUAUACAGGUGACGACGGAGUUACUUACGAGUAUGACGAGAUUCAAAAAGCGUGGUUCCCCAUGUACAACGAAAAAUUGAUUGAAGCACAACAGUCUGCGUAUUCGGUGCCCGGCGUUAACGAAGCCGAACCGAUUUUGCCAAAACCACGAACAAAGCGAAAAAAUGUCUAUACUAUGGAUGAUGACGUUCAUGUGACUGUGGAAGAACUAGCGGAAGUGUUCUCAAAGUGUGGAGUGUUGAUGGAGGAUUAUGUCAAGGGUGGCCCAAGAAUAAAAAUUUACAAGGAUUCAAAAGAUGUCUCAAAAGGAGAUGCACUCGUUACUUACUUAAAGGAAGAAUCGGUAACACUUGCCUGUCAAUUAUUGGAUGAUACGGAAUUUCGUCCGAAUGAGCAGACAAAGAUUAGCGUGCAAAUGGCUGAAUUUAAAGAGAAAGAAAUAAAGCCAGGGGAGGCAAGCCAACAACAGAAUAGUAAUGUUGUGCAAAACAAUAAGGUCGACAAACGAAAGAUUCAAAAAAAGAUUCAACAACUCGGCAAAAAAUUGGAAUGGUUUGACGAAGAAACAGGAAAGCGUAGUGAGCGUUCUAGUAAAAUGGUGGUAUUGAAGCAUAUGUUUACCUUGGAAGAACUCGAGGAGGAUCCUGGGUUAUUAUUGGAAUUGAAAGAAGACAUUCGCACGGAAUGCGAAACUUUAGGUGAAGUCACAAAUGUUGUUCUAUAUGAU